AUGGCUCAGUCAGACUCCUGCCAAAACCCAGACCUGUCAAAUGGCACAACUGUCCACAGCCCACUAGGUAUUUGUUCAGAUCUGGAUACCCAAAGAGGAAGAGAGGAUGUGGAGGAAGAAGAGGAAGACGAGGAGGUGGAACUAGCUGAGGAGGUAGGGGAGGAUGUUUUGAUCAUGGCUGGAGCAGGAGAGGGGCAAGCUGAAGGAGAAAGCAACGAGCACAGUGAAAAGGAGGAGGUGAGGAUUAUCCAAGUUGCCCUUUUACCAAAUGGAGAAAUAAGAGAGGGUGAGGGCGGAGGUGAAAGACUGGAGGAAAAUGAGGAGGGAGGAGAAGAAGUGGAGGAAGAGGAGCACAAAAUGAUCGAUGAACAGACAAGAGAGGAAGACAGUGAAGCUAAGGGAGGGCAAGAGUUAAAAGACAUGGCGACAGUGACUGAAUAUCCAUGUCGCUUUUCAGUAUUGAUAGAGGGUGAGAAAGAUGAGGAGCAGACAUUAGACAGCAAUGAAGAAAAUGAAGAACCGGUGCUAGCAAGUGAGACCAAUGAUGGAGACAGUGGGUUAGAGGAACAUCAGGUAGCGUCCAGCACUGAUGAUGCAGAGCAUGUUCAGGACUCAUGUUCUGUUGUAGAAGAGUCAGGAGAGGGAACUCAGUUGUCUACUGAUGACACAGACAAAACACAAGUUCUUACUCUACCCACUGAUGGCGAGGCAAGCCUUGAGGAGCCAUCAAUAGACGUGAUCGCUUUUACAACGGGGACAAGCGAACAGGUCAGCAGUCAAGAUGAUGUGUGCCGAACUUCAAGCGGUAGCAACAAAGGCACACCUUUUGUCACAACUGGCACAAUCGAAGUUGUGGCCAAUCAGACCGACCAAUUCACCAGUGAGAAUGAAGACAAAAUGAAAAACACUGAUGAGAAGGACAACUCCAGCACACAGGAAGUUGAGGCCAUUAACAGUAACAGCACAUGGCAACAGAUGGAUUGCAUAGAGGCAAAGGUUGAGGACGAGGGAGCCGAGGAGUUCGUGAAAGAUGCAGCGUCCAUUUCUGAUGAUGUUCUAGAUGUAGAGUCUGAAGCAAAUCAGAAGGUAGAGCAACCAGAUUCUGCCUUUGUACCCUCUGAAGAACAGCCGCAGACAGAGGGAGGGAUUGAGGAAACAAGUAUGGUAGGGAUCAAACAGAAGGUGCUAGAGGAAGAGGAGGUGCGACAGGUUUGGGCUAAUACUCUAACUGUGAGGGAUGGGGGAGGACAGAGCACGGACGUGGAGGGUAAGACAGGCGAUAAUGUUGUUAGAGAGUCAUUGCGUGAGGAAGAGGACACAGGAAGAGGUGAUCUAGAAAUGCAAGAAGAGGCGACUGUUCAAGCUGAGAACCAGAGUAAGGUAGAUCUUCCAGAGCCAGUACAGCAGUGUGAGGAGCAGGUAUCUUUAGACGCCAAGCACGAUGUGGAUUUGGACCAGGUGGAGGAGGCCUUUGAACUGGAGGAAGGGGGCGAAGUUGAACCUGAAAAGCCAGGAAGUGAGGUCACAUCAGAGGAGAAUGAACCCACAGCAGAGGAGGGAGGUGAUUUGGAAGAGCAUCCUUCGCAGCUCCUCAAAGAAGCAGGGACAGAUUGGGGAGAAAAGUUGAGAGAACAGCUAAGAGAGCCGGCCCUUGUAGAAGACGAGAAGGGAGGAGGAGCAGAAGAAGAAGUGAUGGAGGGAGAGGUGGAGAUGGCAGAAGAGCCUGUGACUGUUUUAGAUGAUGAGAUCGAAGACAUAGAGGAAAGUCUGACGACUGAACUUGAAGAACAAACGCCUGCAACCAUUACGGCCCCUUCUGAAGACACCAUCCUCGAGACAAAUGAUGAAGAGUAUCAAGAACUGCAAGGAGAGAAGGUUGAACUUGGUAGGGACAAUGAUGAGAAACAAAAAGAUGAAAAAGCAGAGGAGGUAGAGAAGGAUGAAAAGCCAAAAGAUGACAACAUAGAGUUGGAUAUAAAUGGAAGAGUUAAAGGACUGAAGCAAGCAAUGGAGAACGGGAUCUUGAGUCCUGAGACGCAGCCGUUCAGGAAGGAAGAAUGGGGGACAGCGAGAGUCUUAUCGUCCAGGAGGAAAGAUAAUGACUGGAUUAAAAAAGAUCAACCCAAGGAAGAGAGACCACCAGAAGUUAAAGACUGGAGGAAAGAACUGAAGCCUGUAAAGAAAGACAUCUGGGAAUCUGAGAGGGGAAGAAAAGAAUGGGUGAAGAAGGAAACAUCGGCAGAAGAGAAAAGUCCACCAAGGAAGGAGGACUGGAUAAAGGAGUUGAAGUCAGUAAUUAAAGACGAAUCCCUGCCCAAAAAGAGGGACGAGCAGGUGAAGAAAAAGCGAGUGGUGCUGUUGGAGGAUGGCCAUUCGUAUUUCCCCCAGCGGGAGGAGAUGAAUGAAAAGAGAGAGGAGGUUAAACUGAUCUCCCAUAGGAGGGUGGAGAGCCCUUUGCCUCCUGUGCACAGGAACAGCACAACACCCCAAGACCAGGACUACGAGAUCUCACUCUAUGUCAAGGCGGGAAGUGAUGGGGAGAGCAUUGGUAACUGUCCAUUCUCUCAGAGGCUGUUUAUGAUCCUGUGGCUUAAAGGAGUCAUCUUCAAUGUCACCACUGUCGACCUCAAACGGAAGCCGGCAGACCUUCAGGACCUCGCUCCAGGAACCAACCCGCCCUUUGUGACGUUUAACGGUGAGGUCAAGGUCGAUGUCAACAAGAUCGAGGAGUUCCUGGAGGAGAAACUGACCCCACCACGCUACCCCAGACUGGCUCCCAGACAUCCUGAAGCCAACACAGCCGGCAUCGAUGUGUUCGCAAAGUUCUCAGCUUACAUCAAAAACCCGCGGAAAGACACCAACGACGCCUUAGAGAAAGCUUUGCUGAAGUCUCUCCGGCGUCUUGAUGACUUCCUGAGGACUCCCCUGCCUGAGGAGAUUGAUGCCGACGCCUCAGGAGACCUGCCCGAGUCCACCAGGAGUUUUCUCGAUGGGUCUGAGCUCACGCUGGCUGACUGCAACCUGCUGCCUAAACUACACAUCCUUAAGGUUGUAGCCAAAAAAUACCGUGGAUUUGAGAUCCCAGCGGAGAUGACAGGAGUGUGGAGGUAUUUAAACUGCGCCUAUCAGAGGGAGGAGUUCACCAGCACCUGUCCUGCUGAGAGGGAGAUCCAAUUUGCCUAUCUGGAUGUUGCAAAGCGGGUCAAAUAAGAGGAAAAGUGAGAAAUAAAGGAAAGAAUGGCGGUAAAUACAUGAGAUAAAACAGAGAGGAUAAAAUUUACUUUAGCAAACCGUGGAGAGAUUUAUCAUGCAUACUUGUAGGGGGUACAACAAGUAGACAGAAAGAAAUCUGUGGGUGGAUCUUGAUGAAUUUACAUGAGGAUACCAGGGGGGAGGCUAAAUGAAGAAUAAGAAUUUCAGGAUAUAGACUAGGCU